UUGGUGGUUGCGGAUUUGUUGAGGACCGUUCCACUUACCUGAUUUCUCCUCACUCCUUCCUCCAUUCCCUAUAUAAUAAGGUUGAAGCUCCGCCGUAUUUACCACCGACCAUCGGCAUCCAUGGCCUCCAGCGGAGUUCCGGUGGAAAUCGAAGAAGACGACGAACUCUUUGAGAUCGAUCUCGAGGCCGUUAACAGCAUUAUUUCUCCGCGGCAUUUCUCCGAGGAUACUUACUGUUUCUUCACGGCUACCGGCGGUGCCGCGCUUCUCGCCAACUGUCUGCUUCCGAUCUCCGAUUUGUCCAAUGCCGUUCCGAUGGCCGAUUCCGCCGAUUUUGAGAUGUUUCCAUUUGCAACGCCACCGGAGCCGACGCGUCUGGAGAAGGCUUUUCAGUUGCCGCUGGGUUUUGGCCUUCGUCAGGCUUUGAUUAAUCGAUCGGAGAUGAAGUUAAGCAGUGGAUGAUUGAACUUAUUAACUUCGUAGAGAAAAUCAUUUGAUGAUUAAAGCACGUUUUUUCUUUUUUGGUGAAUGCCACUCAU